CUCAUAGUUGACUGGCUGGAGAUUUAUCAGGCUGGAGGGCUGGAGAUGAAUACAGGCCGAGUCUAGAGGGUUGGGGGCUAGGAUCUUCUUUGACUUAGUCUGGCUUCUGAGCAAUGGGGUAUCUAGUUUCUGAAGGGUUAAUCUUCAGCAGCUCUCCCUUUAGCUGGUGUGUGUAUAUGUGACUGUGUGUGGGUAUACGUGUGUGUGUGUGUGUGUGUGUGUGUGUGUGUGUGUGUGUGUGUGUGUAUGUGGUUUCCUGGCCCCUAAACACCCACCUGUCCUGCAGGUAAGGCUCCAUGGGGUAGCCUGGAUGCAUCAACCCCUCCGCCCCAGCCUGCCCAUGCCUCAGUGUCUGGGCACAGCGAACAGAGCCCUGGCUGGAGCCCAAACAUGUGGGGCCUGGUGAGGCUCCUGUUGGCCUGGCUGGGUGGCUGGGGCUGCAUGGGGCGCCUGGCAGCCCCUGCCCAAGCAUGGGCAGGAUCCAGGGGCUCCCCAGGACCAGCACUGCCACGGACCCGAAGGAGCUGGGUGUGGAAUCAGUUCUUUGUCAUUGAGGAGUAUGCCGGCCCAGAGCCUGUCCUUAUUGGCAAGCUACACUCAGACGUGGACCGGGGCGAGGGCCGCACCAAGUACCUGCUGACCGGGGAAGGGGCAGGCACUGUGUUUGUGAUCGACGAGGCCACUGGCAACAUUCAUGUCACCAAGAGCCUGGACCGAGAGGAGAAGGCCCAGUAUGUGCUUCUGGCCCAAGCUGUGGACCGAACUUCCAACCGUCCCCUGGAGCCCCCCUCCGAGUUCAUCAUCAAGGUGCAAGACAUCAAUGACAACCCGCCCAUCUUCCCCCUGGGACCCUACCAUGCCACCGUGCCCGAGAUGUCCAAUGUGGGAACAUCAGUGAUCCAGGUUACCGCUCAUGAUGCUGAUGACCCCAGCUAUGGGAACAGUGCCAAGCUGGUAUACACAGUGCUGGACGGGCUGCCUUUCUUCUCAGUGGACCCCCAGACAGGAGUGGUGCGGACGGCCAUCCCCAACAUGGACCGGGAGACGCAGGAAGAGUUCUUGGUGGUGAUUCAAGCCAAGGACAUGGGCGGCCACAUGGGGGGGCUGUCGGGCAGCACUACGGUGACCGUCACUCUCAGCGAUGUCAACGACAACCCCCCCAAGUUUCCUCAGAGCCUCUAUCAGUUCUCUGUGGUGGAGACAGCUGGGCCAGGCACCCUUGUAGGCCGGUUGCGGGCCCAGGACCCGGACCUGGGGGACAACGCCCUCAUGGCCUACAGCAUCCUGGACGGGGAGGGCUCUGAGGCCUUCAGCAUCAGCACAGAUUCUCAGGGCCGGGAUGGGCUGCUCACUGUGCGCAAGCCCCUAGACUUCGAGAGCCGUCGUUCUUACUCCUUCCGAGUGGAGGCCACCAACACACUCAUUGACCCAGCCUAUUUGCGGCGAGGCCCCUUCAAGGAUGUAGCCUCAGUGCGCGUUACUGUGCAGGAUGCACCCGAGCCACCUGCCUUCACUCAGGCUGCCUACCACCUGGCAGUGCCUGAGAACCAGGCUCCUGGGACCCUGGUGGGUCUGGUCUCAGCUGCAGAUCUGGACUCCCCGGCCAGCCCAAUCAGGUAUUCCAUCCUCCCCCACUCGGACCCAGAGCGCUGCUUCUCCAUAGAGCCUGAUGAUGGCACCAUCCGCACCGCAGUGCCCCUGGACCGUGAAACUCGGGUCUGGCACAACCUCACAGUGCUGGCCACAGAGCUCGAUAGCUCUGCCCAGGCCUCCCGCGUGGAAGUGACCAUACAGACCCUGGAUGAGAAUGACAAUGCCCCCCAACUCGCUGAGCCCUACGAUACCUUUGUGUGUGACUCUGCAGCCCCAGGCCAGCUCAUCCAGGUCAUCCGGGCCCUGGACAGAGACGAAGUUGGCAAUAGUAGCCGAGUGUCCCUGCAAGGUCCCCUGGGGCCUGACGCCAACUUCACCGUCCGGGACAACAGAGGUGGGUGCCCCCUGCGGCCGUGCUCUUGCCUGCUCCCCCUCCUCCCUUUUUCCUCCACCCCUGCCCACCUCUGCGGUCUCCACAGAAGCCUGGAAGGUAAAUGUGGAAUCAACAUGUUGAUGCUAUCCUUCAGGGCAGGAUGGUUUCUUAAGCAGUGCCUGUUCCCCUCUUCCCCUCCGUCAGAUGGUUCUGCCAGCCUGCUGCUGCCCCUCCGGCCUGCUCCCCCCCGCCAGCUCCCCUACCUGGUCCCUGUGGAGCUGUGGGACUGGGGGCAGCCCGCCCUGAGCAGCACAGCCACCGUGACGGUCAGUGUGUGCCGCUGCCGGCCUGACGGCUCUGUGGCCUCUUGCCGGCCUGAGGCUCAGCUCUCGCCUGCAGGGCUCAGCACUGGGGCCCUGCUGGCCAUCAUCACCUGCAUAGGCACCUUGCUUGCGCUCGUGGUGCUCUUCGUGGCCCUGCGGCGGCAGAAGCAGGAGGCGCUGAUGGUGCUGGAGGAGGAGGACGUGCGCGAGAACAUCAUCACCUACGACGACGAGGGCGGCGGCGAGGAGGACACGGAGGCCUUCGACAUCAGCGCGCUGCAGAACCCCGACGGCGCGGCCCCGGUGCCCGGCCCGCCCGCGCGCCGCGACGUGCUGCCCCGGGCCCGGGCCCCGCGCCAGCCCCGGCCGCCCGGCCCGGCCGACGUGGCGCAGCUGCUGGCGCUGCGGCUGCGGGAGGCGGACGAGGACCCCGGCGUGCCGCCCUACGACUCGGUGCAGGUCUACGGCUACGAGGGCCGCGGCUCCUCCUGCGGCUCGCUCAGCUCCCUGGGCUCCGGCAGCGGCAGCGAGGCCGGCGGCGUGCCCGGGCCCGCAGAGCCGCUCGACGACUGGGGGCCCCUGUUCCGCACCCUGGCCGAGCUGUACGGGGCCAAGGAGCCCCCAGGCCCUUGAGAGCCCCGGCUGGGCCCGCGCAGGCCCUCCGAGAGAGAGCGAGCCCGGGUGCGGCAGGAUGCAGCAGUCCCGGGCCGGCCCUUCCACUCCUUCCCCUUCCAGUGUCUGCAGCUGCUCCAGGGGGAACCUUCUGGUCCUCCCCUCUCCUGUGUCUCCUCCAGAGCGUCCCCCCCGCUGCGUGUCUCUCCAGGGACUGUCUCUGUGUGUGUGUGUGUGUGUGUGUGACUCCGAUUCAGAACCUCUGUCCUCGCACUGUGAUCCCACUUUCUCCGUGACCGUUCUGUCCUGUCUGCCCUCGGCUGGGAAGCUCACUCCUAGGCCUAUGUCUGUCUGCCGCCCACAUCUGGCCCCCAUCGUCACCGGGUCCCUGGGACUAGCUUUUGGUUUGUUUCGUUCUGUUGUCCAUCCCCAAAGCAAGAAAAAUCUUCCAGCCACUGCUGCCCACCCUCCUGCAGGGGAAAUUCUCCCCCAGACCUGCCCGCAUGGUCCCAUCCAUCACUCAUGGACUCAUCCUGACUCCACUGGCCUCCAGCGCAGAGAGGGAGCUGCUCACUUCCCAGGGCCCGACCUCCAGCCCCCAGCCCACUCUCUGGGGCUCUCCAGGCAUUGUGCUGUUCUAUGUACCUCCCAGGCUCCUGGAGGGGAGGGGCAGGAAAUGGGGAGGCAGCAGGGGAAGGGGACAAAGGGAGGAAGGGGAGGGACCCCCAUCUCUAAUUUCAUAAUAAACACUUAUUUUGUAAAA